UUCACCAUCACACCAAAAUCAAGAGCCCAAUUGGAGCAGAUGCAUGAAAUGAUGGACCAACUGGACUUCUGGAGAACCGGCCCCGUUGGGGAGCCCAGUCAAGUGAUGAUUCCGGCCACCGACGUGGAAUAUGUCAAGCAGGCUUUGGAGGCCGUACAGCUGGAGUUUGAAGUGCACAUCAAUAAUGUCCAAAGUCUUAUCGACGAGGAGACGAAAGCCAUCAUGUCACGUGAGAAGGCCACUACCUUGGCUACCUUCGAUUACAACAAAUACCACAGCUAUCAGGAGAUCAUGGACUGGGUGACUAACUUCCGCAAAGAUGAAUCUAGCAGUGCGCUCGUUAUCGAGGAAAUCAACGUUGCCACGUCAUACGAAGGUCGCCAGAUCAAGGCAUUGAGGUUGACUACGGGGAGCGGGCGGCUCGGUGCUUACACCCAAGGAGGCAUUCAUGCCAGAGAAUGGGUCUCACCGGCUACUGUCAUCAACCUCCUCAAAAAGUUCGUCGAUGCCUUUAAGGCCGGGGACAGUGUCGCCACUGAGUUUUUCAGCAAGUUCGACUGGUAUGUCAUUCCUUCAUUAAACGUUGACGGCUACCACCACACUCGACCAGAAGCGUCGAACACUGACCGUAUGUGGCGUAAGAAUCGUCAACCUACCUACACCCCAUCUUGCACAGGAGUCGAUAUGAACAGAAACUAUGGAUACAAAUGGGGUGGAUCCGGUUCGUCUGGUUAUCCCUGCUCCGAGGCUUACCGCGGGGGAAGCGCCUUUGAUGCCGUCGAACUCAAGCAAGUCACCGACUGGCUCCUUGGUCUGAAAAAUGGCGGGCAACAGUUUAUGAUCCACGUGGAUGUGCACAGCUACAGCCAAUACUGGGUCUAUCCGUACAGCUACACUUAUUCAUCCACUGCUAAAGUGCCUGAUCUUGCAGACCUGGAAAGAGUAGCCCAUGCUUCAGUCGCCAAACUGACAGCUGUGCACGGCAAAUCAUAUUCAGUCAUGACCUCCGGAGACUGGUACCCAGCAGCUGGGGCUAGUGAGGACUUUGGUUAUAUGACCCUAGGAGCUAAGUAUUCCUACACCGUGGAGAUGCGUGACACUGGGUAUUAUGGCUUUGAGCUUCCUGAGAACCAGAUUCAGCCUUGCGGUGAGGAGACCUAUGCUGGGUUCAGGGAGAUGUUCCGCCAGGUUCUGCUUGAGGUAUAAAGACUUCUCAGGGGGUCAAAGGAUGCAGAACUGUACCGACAGCUCAUUACAAGUGAAAUGUUUAUGUAACACCACAAUCUGCACUCCUACAGACAAGUAUAGUUAUGAAAUCUUGAAAUCUCUAUAAUCUCUAAAAUAAUGAAGUUAAAUUACAAAAUAGGUAGAUAAUAGCCUGAAACACAAUGACUGUUGGUUCACACAGUGAAAUAACUAGGAUACUCCAGAAAGGACAAAAUAUGCAUAAACUAGCCAUUUUGAUGGAUUUUCUUGGAGAAAUUUUAGAAGUAACACGAGAAUAACAAACAUAUUUUCAAGGAAUAAAGGCACAACAUUUCGCAGACAGAAAGUUGGACAAAACAGACAGGACAACUUAUAUCUGAAAUAUUAACGCUUGAUAGUUCAUUAAAAAAAAAACCCAGAUAUUUGAAGAUAUUUGACAAAUGCAGGCAUUUAUGAGCCGGGUGAAAAUAUCAAAUGCAAUUCUAGUAUGACAUCGAAUGGGAGGUUUGCGGUAACACCAUGCGAAUGAAAGAUAUCCCUUAGUGAGUUGUGUGAUUCUGAGACGAACCAGUUGGCUUAAAAUCGACGUUUUGAAGAGUAUGCUCUGCUCGUCAUCAGGAAACUCUCCAGUAUGACAUUACAGUGUAGUGUUUUGACAUGUAUUGUGUUACCAAUUGUCAUCAAUAUGAUUGUACCUCUGCCUCGGGAAUUGCAAGGGGGAAAAUAGUUUUUUUCGAUGUUCCUCUAAAACUUUUAUUCCAACAUAAAACAUUUAUCAGUAGGAAUCUUUUGCCCUUUUUUUGAUUUUCAUAAUUGAAAAUUAAUAAUCAUUGGUUAUGAUUAAUGAACCAAGUUAUGAACAAAGUACAGAAGCGAUAUUAUACCUUUGAAUAUGAAUAAAAUGAAGGUGAUU